CUCCCUCCCUCAGAACUUCAACUUCAAACACUCCCUCUUCAGCCACUCCUUCCACAGGAUCUCCUCCCUCAGACCCACCUCAUCCCUCAGACCGUCCACCCUCAAUACCCUCCAUCUCAUCUUUCGAGAGCCUCCUCAGAAACCCUUCAGUUCCCUCCCUCCAACCUCCAAGUCUGCACAUGUAGACAUUCCUUCCAUGGAUUCCCCUCCCUCAGACCUUCCUCCAGUCUCAGACACCCUCACCUCCUCCAGACCCCCACCUCCCCUAGACCCUCCUCCACCCUUGGACCCUCACCUCCUCGACCCUCCUCCAUUCUUGGAUGCACCCUCGGACCUCCCUCAGACCCUCCUCCCUCCCUCCCUCCUUCUCCCUUGGACUCUCCUCCAUCCUCAGACCCUCAGGCUCCCCUCCCCGCUCCCGCUCAGACCCUCCAUCCCCGCCUCCUUCAGACCUUCCUCCAGCCUCGGACCCUGCCCCUCCCUCAGUCCCUCCCCCUCCUGCCCCUCCCUCAGUCCCUCCUCCUGCUUUCCCGCCGGGCUGGGCUGCGGGAUGUCCGGGGCUCCGCUCUCGCUCGGUGCCGAGGAGGUGGCGCGGCUGCUGCGGGUCCCGGGGCUGCUGCCGCUGCUGGAGGCCGCGCUCGGCCGCUUCUCCAGCGGGGACGGCGGGGUGGAGCAGCCGGUGCGGAGCUCGGUGCCGCUGCGGCGGUACCGCGGCUUCCUAGGAGUGAUGCCGGCCUACAGUGCUCAGGAUGACGCCUUGGCGACAAAAAUAAUCCGAUUUUACCAAGCGACCGACUCCACCAACUCAUCCCAUCUUUCAACCGUGCUGCUGUUUGAUCCGAGCAACGGCAUCUUGAAGGCAGUGAUGGAUGGAGUUAUGAUCACUGACCAGCGAACGGCUGCUGUGUCUGCCAUAGCAACCAAGUAUCUGAAGCCUCGGUGUCUGGACGUGUUGUGUAUUCUGGGAGCCGGCGCUCAGGCUGUGAGUCACUACCAGCUCUUCACUCAAAUCUUUCCGUUUAAGCAGGUGAGGGUGUGGAGCCGGACUCGCGAGCGGGCGGAGAGGUUUGCCCAGAAAGUGACGGGUGCCGUGCAGGUGUGUGGGACGGCACAGGAAGCGGUCAGUGGCGCCGAUGUGGUGAUCACAGUGACCAUGGCUACCGAGCCCGUGCUGUUCGGGGAGUGGGUCAAACCCGGAGCCCACAUCAAUGCAGUCGGGGCCUGUCGACCCGAGUGGCGGGAGCUGGACGACACGCUGAUGAGGAACGCCGUGCUGUACGUGGAUAGUAGGGAGGCCGCUGUCUGCGAGUCCGGAGACGUCAUCCUGUCGGGGGCUGAGAUCUUUGCGGAGCUGGGCGAAGUGAUUGUGGGGAACAAGCCAGCCCUGUGUGACAGGACUACAGUUUUCAAAUCACUGGGAAUAGCCAUUGAAGACACAGUGACUGCGAAGUUGGUCUUUGACCGCUGGGAAGCUGAAAACAAAUCCAGUCCGUGACGGGAGACUGCCGGAGGAGGAAAGCAGGGAAACCAUACAGAGAGAGUUUAAUCCAGUCUGUGAAAUCACACACACGUUAGGUGAUCUUUGAUUAUCUUCCCACGAGAUCAAGAGACGUCCACUUGUCCCCACCCCAACAUUCGAUCUUUAACCUCAGUAUCACUGAUCCAUGCCUCACUUCCCCUAAUAACACAAGAAAAAAAUCAAACGAAAGUACUCACUGAUCCUCCACUGCCCCCUUGAACAGAGAGAUCCAGGGAUUCAUGAUUCACCUUUGUCUCAUAUGUUUGACCCGUUUUGUGUUCCUUGGUUCUAUACACCCUGGCCAGGAGAAACACCACCCUCAUCUUCCCAGUCGAGUCCUGUGAGAAUUCAGUGUUUCGUCGACUCUUUGCCCAGUGUCUGUUGUUGAACCUCAGCACAACUGUUACCAACAUUUGCUACCAUCAGCAGGGAGGAGGCCAUUCGGGUUAUCCAGUCUCUACUGGCUCACUGAAGAGUCACAGCUGUGCUGCCGCACCUUAGACUUCCAAAUGUAGAGUCACAGAGAGAGAGAGAGAGCACAGAAACAGGCCCAUCGAGUCCACACUACCCAUCGAACACCCAUUUACACCUAUCCAACACUAACCCAUGUUAUUCUCCUCACAUUCACAUCAACUCCACCCCUCACCCACACACUGAGGGGGGGGGGGGGGGGGCAAUUUACAGCGGCCAAUUAACCCACUGACCCGGCACGUCUUUGGGAUGUGGGAGGGAACCGGAGCACCCGGGGGAAACCCACGGGGUCACAGGGAGAGCGUGCAAACUCCACACAGACAGCGGCCAACGUCAGGAUCGAACCUGGGUCUCUGGGGCAGGGACUCUACCUGCUGCCCUCCCAUCCAAAUGGAUAUCCAACUGUAAUCAUGAUUAGACGCAGGGCCUGGAUGAUUCAGAAAUAAAAAGCCUUAACUUGU